AUGGUCCAUGUGCUAGCUCCUCACCGAGCUAUAUAUAUUCAAGAACAAAAGCCAGGCACCGAGUCCAUGCACGCCAUUUCCCAUGUUCAUAUCAACAAAAUGUCCGCUUGUGUCACCACCUUUUUGGAUGGUCUACUGCCUAGAGCAAAAUUCAACCAGGGUGGGCGACUUUUAGCAUCUUGGAAUCCAGCAACUUCGAGGGCUGAUUUUGUCGUGGCAAAGGAUGGCUCCGGUAGUCACAAAACAAUCAAUGAGGCAGUGGCUGCUGUUGCUAGGAUGGGUGAUAGGCGUCCCAAAAGAGUAAUAAUCUAUGUGAAAUCAGGGGUGUACAAUGAGAAAGUAGACAUAGACAGGAAUGUGAAGAAUGUAAUGUUGGUUGGUGAUGGCAUGGAUAAAACAAUUGUAACAGGCAGCCGAAAUGUCCCCGAUGGUACUACCAUUUUUGGCUCUGCAACAUUUGACGUAUCAGGUGAUGGGUUUUGGGCCAGGGACAUGACUUUUGAGAACACAGCCGGUCCGAAUAAACUUCAAGCAGUGGCUUUAAGGGUGGGCUCAGACCACUCUGUGUUCUAUCGCUGCAGCUUCAAGGGUUACCAGAACACCCUCUUUGUUCACUCCCUAAGGCAGUUUCAUCGCGAUUGCCACAUAUAUGGCACAAUUGAUUUCAUAUUUGGUGAUGCCCCAGUAGUCUUACAAAACUGUGAUAUAUUCGUAAAGAGACCGAUGAAUCAACAAGCUAACAUGAUCACUGCGCAAGAGAGAGAAGAUCCUAAUGAAAACACAGGGAUUUCAAUUCAAGGAUAGCGCGUAAGGCCAGCAGCUGAUUUCGAUUCUGUCAAGCAUUUGUUCAAGAGUUAUUUAGGUAGGCCAUGGGAAAGAUAUUCCAGGACAGUGUUUUUGAAGACAGACCUUGAUAGUUUAAUCAAUCCAAAGGGAUGGACGGAACGGAGGGGCAGUUUUGCUCUUUCAACACUAUACUAUGCUGAAUAAGGUAGCGGUGCUUCGAUUGCACACAGAGUGAACUGGCCUGGCUUUCAUGUGUUCGACAGUGCCCAAGAGGCUGGCCCUUUUACAGUGAGCAGGCUCAUACAAGGAGAGGCCUGGAUUCCAGAGACUGAUGUGCCAUUCUGGCCUCAAAUCUAAUGGGUUUAUCAUGCUCUUAUGCUAUGUGAUCAUGGCUAUUAUG